UUUUGGAAAGCUAAGAUCUUGAAAUCGGCCAAAAUCUUAAAUUCAGGGUUUUGGAAAGGUAAAAUCUUGAAAUCAGCCAAAAUCUUGAAUUCAAGAUUUUGGGAAGCUAAAAACUUUUAAUCCGGAAAAAUCUUGAAUUCAGGAUUUUGGAAAGCUAAGACCAUGAAAUCGGCCAAAAUCUUAAAUUCACGAUUUUGGAAAGGUAAAAUCUUCAACUCAGACAAAAUCUUGAAUUUAGGAUUUUGAAAAGCUAAAAUCUUGAAAUCGGCCAAAAUCUGGAAUUCAGGAUUUUGGAAAGCUAAAAUCCUGAUAUCGGCCAAAAUCUUGAAUUCAGGAUUUUGGAAAGUUAAAUCUUGAUAUCGGCCAAAAUCUUGAAUUCAGGAUUUAAAAAAGCUAACUACUAGAAAUCGGCCAAAAUCUAGAAUUCACGAUUUUGGAAAGGUAAUAUCUUAAAAUCGGCCAAAGUCUUGAAGUCAGCAUUUUGAAAAGCUAAAAUCUUGAAAUCGGAAAAAAUUUAAAAUUCAGCAUUUUGGAAAGCUAAGAUCUUUAAAUCGCCGAAAAUCUUGAGUUCAGGAUUUUGGAAAGGUAAAAUCUUCAAAUCGGUCAAAAUCUUGAAUUCAGGAUUUUGGAAAGCUAAAAUCUUGAAAUCGGCCAAAAUCUUGAAUUCAGGAUUUAUAAAAGCUAAAAUCUUGAGAUCGGCCAAAAUCUUGAAUUCAGGAUUUUGGAAAGCUAAGAAAUUGAAAUCGGCCAAAAUCUUGAAAUCAGGGUUUUGGAAAUGUAAAAUCUUGAAAACAGAAAAAAUCUUGAAUUCGGAAUUUUGGAAAGCUAAGAUCUUAAAAUCGGCCAAAAUCUUGAAUUUACGAUUUUGGAAAGCUAAGACCUUGAAAUCGGCCAAAAUCUUGAAUUUAAGAUUUUGAAAAGCUAAGAUCUUAAAAUCGCCCAAAAUCUUGAAUUCAGGUUUUUGCAAAGGUAAAAUCUUGAAAUGGGCCAAAAUCUUGAAUUCAGGAUUUUGGAAAGCUAAAAUCUUGAAAUCGGCCAAAAUCUUAAAUUCAGGAUUUUGGAAAGGUAAGCUCUUGAGAUCG